AUGCUCCGUCGGCAUCGAAAGAAAGAAGAAGUCAGAUGUAAUGCUCGAGCGAAUGUGCCUGAGCCUUCUGGGCGACAGACCUGUCUCAAGUGCGACGAGGAAUGUGCCAGGUUGGAGAGGAACCGCAAUCUCGCAAUGGCACUCCAUAUCUCGGAUGAUCACACUGACGACCAUGUUCCUUAUUCAACAACCACCCUGAAGAUGUAUCUUGAAGAUGUCGCAUGGGCACACAAACAGGAAGAAGUGCUCAGGCUCUUUGCUGCAGAUGAUACUGAGAAGCGGUAUCGAUUCCAGCCUAUGAAGAGUCGGCAGCGAGCUUUCAUUCACAGUCUUGCAGAAGACUUUGGAUUUGAUGGAGAAAGUCUUGAUCCGGAACCGCAUCGCCAUGUUCUUUUGUUCAAGACGCCAAAGUUCGUUGCUGCACCAAUGAAGACGUUGGCCCAAGCCGCUAGAAUCAAGCGCGCUCAACUGAAUGUCGCAGCUCCGGUACAUUCAGCACCGGAACGGAAGGCAGAUGAAGUCAAGCAUGACUACAAUGGACUGCUAUUGACCAAGCCUAAAUUUGCCCUGACAGAGGAAGAAUUGCGACCACUGGUGAGGAAGGCAGCGCCUACCACAGAAUUCGACAUUGUCUUCCUGUCCAACGACGAGGGUGUCGCCUUGCUUCCGUCCAUGUACUGGGAGACGCCCGAACAACUGGUCACACUACUUACCAGCUUACAACCCACCAUCGCUGCCGAGGUUGCGAGAGACAACCUGGCCACGUCGGUUGUGCGUUGUCAGUUCGAAACCUCGGGUCUCGAGCCAAAGAUCAUUCAGCAGCAGGGUAAGCCGGGCAACGCCUCCACCAAUGGGUGGUCACAAGUUGCAGCGAAGAGAGCAGUGCCGGUACAGGCACCGCAGGUCAAGCCGGUAGGACAGAGGCCUGCCUAUACAGUGCUGGGAAGUCGACUGGCAGAAGCCAAGAGAAAGAAGCAAGAAAACGAGGAGAAACUACGCAGGAAAGCUGAAGAGCAGGUUGUGGAUGAUUGGGAAAAGGAAGUCGAGAAGGAAGAAAGUGAUGAGGCUGAGAGAAGGGCUAGUCAGGGCAGUGAAAAGGAGCAAGAGUAG